CCGCCCCGGGCUGUGGGGGGGGCGGGCCCCGCGCGGGGGGGGGCACCUGGGGUCCCGGCCUUGUCCUCGCGGCGCCGCCGCGGUCCCAGCCGGGUGCGAGGUCGGACCCAAAGCUGGAGCCCGUGGCAGCCGUGGGCUUCCCCUUCCCGGCGGGAGCUGCAGGAGCAGGACCCAGGAGGGGCUGAGGGUGCAGAAGUGCCUCGUGUCGUCCAGACCGGAAACCUUGCUUUUCGUUUUCAGGCUGGCAGAGUUGCAGCCUCUGCGGGAGGUGUUUGAGGACGUGGCAGUGUAUUUCAUACAGGAGGAGUGGGAGCUGCUGGAAGAGGAGGACAAGGGGCUUUACCGGGACCAGAUGCUGAGGAACUACCAAGCCCUCGUUUCCCUCGGAUAUCGAGGUCCCACACCUGACUUGAUCUGCCGCAUCCAGCGAGAACAGGUCGAGCUCUGGGUCUGUGAUGAUGUGUACUGUGGGGCAAUCUUGAGGUCGGAGGACCUGCUGUCAGGACAUGCCUGGUUGCUGAGCAGAACCGAGGAGCAGGGUCCUGAGGAAGGGCCUGGAAAGCUGGAGCCACCAUGGGCUUCCCUGGGGAGUAUGGGUGAGGUGGAUUCCCUGAGCCCAGCGAAGGACCAGUGGCACAAGGGCCAGGGGAUGCCCCAAAAGCAGGAGAAUGUAGCAGUGAAUGAGGUGCCAUCUGUAGUUGGGCGUUGGAGUGAAGAAGGGGAACAAGCCCGAAACAGCCCAAGGUGCAGGGAUGAAUAUGUCAUGCUGAGACACCAGAAGAGAACGAAAGGAAAGGCGCACUGGAGAGAGACACUGCAUGCAAACCAGGGCAGUGUGGAGGAGCUGGUAGUGAGGCAGGAGCUCGCUACCGAGCCCAGGGGGAGAGGCCACUCCUGCCCUCAGUGCAGGAAAAGCUUUAGUUGCCCCUCGCGCCUGGCUCUGCACAAGAUAAGACGUGCUAGGAAGAAGCCCCAUGUAUGUGCCACGUGUGGGAAGCGCUUUACGUGCCUCUCGACCCUGGCUGCUCACCACCAGGUCCAUUCUGGACAGCUCCCCCACCGCUUCACCAAAAGGGGGAAGAGCUUUGUGCGCAGCUUGGAGCUGCUCAAAAAACAACAUGUGCACAGGAAGAAGCGUCAGUACUGCUGUGUCACAUGUGGUAAGACCUUCACCCAUUUCUUCUCCCUGGUUCAGCACCGUCGGAUGCACUUGGGGAGGAAGACGCACCGCUGCAACAAGUGCAGGAAGAACUUCAUCAGCUGGCAAAAGUUGUCCCAGCACCGGUGUGUGCAGAAGAGGCAGCAACCACACUGCUGCACAAAGUGUGGGAUGAGCUUCAGGCAGCCCUGCAGCCUGGCCAGGCACAGGUGCAUGCACACACGGGAGAAGCCACAUCGUUGUUCUGUGUGUGGGAAGAGUUUUGCUCAGUCCUCCACCCUUACCCUGCACCAGGCCCUCCACACAGGGGAGAAGCCACAUCGCUGUUCUGAGUGUGGCAAGAGUUUCACCCAAUCCUCCCACCUGACCCGACACCAGCUCAUCCACACAGGGGAGAAGCCACAUCAGUGCUCUGAGUAUUGGAAAAACUUCCCCCAUCUCUCCCAUCUGUCCCAGUAUCAGCACAUCCACACCCAGAAGCAUCUCUAAUUCUGCCAGCCGUGCAGGAACCCCUGGGAGAUGUCUGCCUGCUCAGCACCCACCAGUGGUGCAUUCAGACAAGCACCCUCAUGCUGGUGACCUGAACAAAGAGUUCCCCCAGGCUUUGUCCCUUGUAGGGCACAGUGGGAGUCCAGAACCCAGACACUCACCCCCAAGUUUUGAUUGUGGGGAAAGGGUAAGAGGAAACACCUCAGGCAGAGAUCAGCCCCAACGAAGGGGAGAUGAGUUUUUUUUUUUUGUAAAAAUAUAUUUCUCUCUCUAUAUAUGGUUAUAUGUAUCUAAACCGAUCCUGUUACAGAAAAAAAAAACCCCUGCACCCUUGCACCCACACUCCUGUGCACCUGCGCACCCGUACAAAGGCCCGCUGGCCACCCGUACCCAUUACAAUGUCAAGCCACGCACACAACACACAAAAUGCACCCAGUCCUUUCUCUCCAACCAGCCCUCCCUUCACACCUACUCGUGUGCCGUUUCUGGGGUCAGGUACUCUGCUCAACUGGUCUCUUCUUCAUUUUCACUCCAGCUUCCACUGGAGGACCCGCUGCUGCUGCUGUUGUCACUGUGGCUGUCCUCCAUACCACUUGUCUGGUCCUCUUCUCCGCUGCCAUCGCUCUCUUCUUUUGUUGGUGGGGGUUGUAUGGUCCUGAGCCACGUUUCCCUGUGCCAGAUAGUGUUUGCUGCGUCUUCUCCAUGUGAUGAGGAGAUGAUCUUUGUAUCAGGCUUGGAGCCUAUGCAUUCCCCAUCAUGAAUUAAAAGCAGAUAGUAGUCCCA